CCUACUUUAAAAAUACGCAAUGUAGCAGAGGAGGAGUAAUAACGCCGUUUCUCUGCCAUUUUUAGCAAGUGUUGGGCGUAGUUUCAAAGGCGGGUUAUCGAUCUAGUAGUUUGAAAGAAGGAACGAGGGCCAAGAAGCUUCCUAAUUCGUCGACGAAUGGCUGACAUCACGCCCGAAUUAAUUUUAUGCCGACUGAAGGGGAUUUGGUCGAAUAUGGCGGACCGGCUGGAAGAUCUGGUGUACACGGACGACUCGAAAGAAAUGAUUGAUAUUAUUAAUGUUUUGUUAAUAGGUUGGAUUUUAUUGGGUUUAAUCGUUUAUAUCGUCGGUAACAUCAUCGCUAAUCAACUUCAUAAGUAUAAGAAAGGAGAGAAAGCGAAAGAAACACCUGAGCCGAAAGACAGUGCGAUAGAAGUAUCAUCGGCCAAACCACCUUUGCCUUCCGAUUCAUUAGUUAAUCAUAAAGCGAACAUUUUGAAAGAUGAACAUAAAUCGACAAUCGAACAAACGGAGAAAACAUCUACAGCCUUUCCUUCAGCUGAAGGUUCGGAUCCUGAUGCUGUACAUUGGACCAACGACCUCUUGGAAUGGGUCCAGCUUCCGUCUUCAACCCCUUUCCUAAUCCAAGCGUGGAUUCGAUGUUUGAACGAAAAGAUUAAGAAACAAGAUAUGAAAGAAGAUAUAAAAGUGAAUUUUGAAGAAUUUCAAGCUGAUACUAGGCCUUCUUUGACUAAUAUUAAAGCUGAUGCUGAAUCUGAAGAAAAAAUAUUAAUAACAAGUCAAAUAAAAGUAGAGCAGCUUAGCUUUGUUAUUUCUGUAGAAAAAGGAUCAGAAAAAAUGUUAUAUGAUGUUAAAGUGAAAGACCUGGAUGGAAAGUUAAAACUUGAUGCCAUGGUUGAAGAACUUUUGUUCAUCGCAAGAUUUUCAGAGCACCCAGGUUUUAAAAUAAAUGUUUCACCCCAAGAUAAUGUAAGUAAUGUUAUAAAAUCUAUCUGA